AUGCACUUAGCUGUACCUCCAAGAGCGCCUGAUUUUGCCGAUUGCCCCACUACUCCGGCCACUAAUCCAGACAGUGUUCGUCUGUGCUGGUCUCUACGUGAGCUUCACUCGAAUAACCGAUCAUUGGCACCAUCCUCAGGACGUCGCAGGUGGCCUGCUGCUGGGUGCCGCUACAGCUUUUGCUUCCUUUUUUGGCUACCGUCCGAAGCUAUACAAGAUUAUCACAUAUGA